AUGUACGGCUUUUACUCCGGUUCACCCCCCUCUCUCUCUCUCUCUCUCUCUCUCUCUCUCUCUCUCUCUCUCUCUCUUUCAUUUUUGCAUCAUUCUAUUUCAUUUCUUUAUCACUCUCUACCCUUUUUUGACAAUUGCCCUCAAAAUACACCCGGUCCGCUCACUACCCAACACGUCCCCGCCCCGAACGGACAUCUUCAUCGAGAUUCACUGUUGUAUUCUUUCCGGCUGGAAACGCGAAGCGUGACAAAAGACGUCGCUUUUCCUUUGUCAUUCUGCCCCCCCCCCCUUUUUUUUUUUCUCUUUCUUGGUCUCUUCAACCUAAAAAAUGCAGCUUCCUUUUACUCAAAUUCACUUUCUUCUUCUUCUUCUUCUUCUUCUUCUUCUUCUUCUUCUUCUUCUUCUUCUUCCACAAUUUCUUUUUCUUCACCAAGCGAUGAACAAUUUCUUCUUCUUCUUCUUCUUCUUCUUCUUCUUCUUCUUCUUCUUCUUCUUCUUCUCGAUUUCUUUAUUUAUUUUCCAUUAAUUCUCUUCUUUUCCUCGAUUUCGUUUUCCGACUUUCAUUGA